ACCCUGACUUUAUGUUGUCAAUGAACUGUCAUACUAACUGACAUCGAACGUGAAGACUCCAUGCACAGUUGCUCUGCAAGGCGCUUUAAGCACAGACUUGGUGCGUUCCGAUUACCAGACUCCGGUUCUUCCUCUCUCUUCAGCAGCGUCUGCCGGGCUAGCGCGUUAUUGGAGAGGCGGGGGAUUUGACAAGCGCCAUACGUUCACUUGGCGCCUGAGCCACUCGGUCAGUCGUCGAAUCAUCCGCCAAGUCGAAGUCAUUGCAGGGGGCUCGUCGUUCCAGUCUCCGUCGGCAAUUCGAAGUGUUGAUCUGAAAGCUACACACUGCAUAACUACAAACUUACCAGGAAACUUCUGGGUAAAAAGCCAUGGAUUCAUCCGAAGAAACGCAGUCCUUUUCAGAAGAAGCCCGCACUCCACUGGAAAUGAAGAAAGGCAUGUCCAUAUUUAUCGAUAUUUUGAGAAGAGCAGAUAAAAAUGAUGAUGGCAAGCUAUCCUUUGAUGAAUUUAGGGCAUACUUUUCAGAUGGUGUCCUAAAUGGAGAGGAACUACAAGAACUGUUUCACACCAUUGACACUCACAACACAGACAACUUGGAUACAGAAGAACUAUGCGAAUAUUUUUCUCAGCACCUUGGAGAGUAUGAGAAUGUCCUAGCUGCCCUGGAAGAUCUCAACAUUUCAAUACUAAAAGCUAUGGAUAAAACCAAAAAAAGCUAUCAAGAGUCGUCUCACCUAGAGCAAUUUGUUACUCGCUUCCUGUUAAAAGAGACUGCCAAUCAACUUCAGUCCCUCCAGAGCUCUUUGGAGUGUGCCAUGGAGACAACAGCAGAGCAGACACUGCAGGAGAGGCAAAGACCAAUGAAGCCUGAGGUAUUGUCAAUCCAAUGGUCAGGAAAACGAUCCAAUCGAAGGCUUCAGCGAAAUAACAGCUUAUCUCCAAACAACCCACAUUUCAACAUUGUUGGUUCAGGUCUUCAUGAAGAUGAUAACCAAUGGACUUCCCAAAUAAACAGACUGCAGAAAUUGAUUGAUAGGUUGGAAAAAAAGGAAAUAAAGCUUGAGCCCACCGAAGAGGAGGUGUUGGAUGGAAGUACAAAGUCUCACAUCUUGAUGGUUCAAAGGCAGUUAUCUGUGCUUGAAGAAGAACUGGAAGAAUUCCGUCUCUCCCUGAGGCAGUACAUCGAGCUGGCCACCUUACAGACUGGCUGCCUGCACAUUGCUGUGCAGAAGUUAUCGAAUGAGGGGCGAUUCAUUCUCUAUGAAUUCUGGGAGCACAGCAGUGUUUGGAAAAAUCAUCUUCAGACAAAUUACAGCAAGACAUUCCAACGAAGUAACAUUGAUUUUUUAGAAACCCCUGAGCUGAUUACCACAAUGCUUGUUCCAGCUUCCUGGUGGGUCCUAAACAACAACUAAGCAGCACAUAUGACCAUCGUAACCACAAACAAGUGAGCAGAAAACCAAGAUUUUCAUUGUCUGGAUCCACAGCUCUAUUAGUACCAGCGCUCAGUUGUGAAAUAUGUAUUUAUUAUGUACACGGUUCAUUUUGAGAUUGAGAAGUCAUUUUACCCUCGGCCCAUGUGUCCCUCUUCAGUGUGCCGUGCAAAUUGUGUCACUUGGUGUAUUCAAACGGAGCCUCACAAGUAUUGACAGUUGAUUAUAUUGUGCAUUGUAUGUUAAACUGGUCAUUCCAGAACGAGCACUGAUGUACUUUCAGUUUGUUUAGUAAUAAAUUCCUCAAACCAA